CCAUUUUCCCCAACCGACGAUACUUCGUCCUGAAUAUUCACCAGUUUUCAGUCACUCAAAAUAAUUACGGUGAAACGACAGCAUGCGCUGUUCUACCGAUAUAUUCCAAAUUCAUCUGUGGCCAGUGCAUUCUCUUCCGUCAGUGCAGUGCUCCAAGAUGCCUCAACACUCUCUUUUAUAACUUUCACGUUUUCUCCUUCAGUUUUAACAAACUGAAAGAGAAAUAGAAAAAAACUUAUUUUAAGUCGCGGUUAAAAUAAGAAACUGAAACUUGACGAUUUUCAUUUUUGGAGGCGGUCCACAUAAAAAUGUUGUUAAUGAACUCGAUUAAAAAUAACAGUAAUAGUACUAGUAUUAAUAAUGAAAAUGCGCUUCAACGUUUCAAUGCGACGUAUCCCGUGGACGAUUGGUUGAAAUGUUGUUUCCUCACCGUCGACUACAUCAAUGAGAUGAACCCGCACUGGAUGCAAUUCGAACCUCCUCCGAGAAUCGUGUAUUAUAUUUUAGCCGGAGUUUAUUUGGUUGUUAUGAUUAUCGGAGUAUUUGGUAACCUUACUGUUAUCGGUAUAUUUUAUAGAUGUGCGGCGUUGCGAACACCAGCUAACACACUUAUUAUGAACCUGGCUUUCAGUGAUCUUUUAAUGAUGGCUAUGAUACCUUUAUUGCUAUAUAAUUGUUUUAAUUAUGGACCGGCUAUAGGAAGAACAGGUUGUAAAUUAUAUGGAUUUAUGGGUGGUUUAAGUGGAACAGUUUCGAUAUGUUUAUUAGCAGCUAUAUCCUACGAUAGAUUCUACGUAAUAAGAUUUCCUUUGAGAAAGUUAAUAAAUAAAGCCCACAUUUACCCUCUAGUCGGGUUAUCGUGGAUUUACGGCAUCGUAUUUAGUAUUAUUCCAGUUUUAGACCUUGGAUUUGGGAGUUACGUCCCGGAAGCGUAUUUUAUUAGUUGUAGUUUUGAUUAUAUCACUCCAAGAUCCGACAUAAAAAUUUUUAUUCUUUCCUAUUUCGUCGCUGCCUGGCUCGUCCCGUUUAUAAUAAUUACAUUUUCAUACGUUAACAUUAUUUGGGUGGUGGCAAGAUCGAGGAAAGUAAUCACCAAGAAUUUAUCAACGAAAGAAACUUAUAUUCACAUGAAAAAAGAAGUGAAAUUAAAACAAGAAAUGAAAUUAGCCGUAACUGUUUUAUUGGUGGUUUUGUUAUGGUUUGUUGCUUGGACUCCUUACGCCACCGUUGCUUUAUUGGGAAUUUCAGGAGAAUCGGAAUUAAUAACUCCGGCUGUUUCUUUAGCUCCAGCUCUUUUUUGUAAAAUGGCGAGCUGUCUCGAUCCGUAUGUGUAUGCGUUUUCCCAUCCGAAAAUUCGAAAAGAAAUCGAUUUUAUGUUAUCGCAAAAUUCGGCGACACGAUUUUUUUGCCCGAGAAGAGUUUUGGAAAGAAGAUUUACUCAGAGAAUGAGCGAAAGGAUGUCGCAAAGUAUUGAAGCUAUCGAAGAAGUUGUCAUGGUCACUUUACCUAGUGAGGAAGCACCCACACCACAUAUUUCACAUCAUAUUUAAAUUUAAGAUUAAAAAAUAAUUAAUAAAUGCGUAAAA